CACACUGUAAGAUGGCUUCUGCUUUCUGUUGAUCUGCUGGAUCCUUCGGGAUCUGGGGGACCAGCUUGUGGUUCUUCCGAAUUCUCUUCUACCUACCGAAGCUAUCCUCAGCAAUGGGCGAGCAUUGAAGCUCUUGGAGAAGAGAAGGUAGACGCCAAUCAAGUGAGUGUCGCGCUUUUUGGAUGGACUCAAAUGAAUAUUUUUCAGGAGUACCCACCAAUUAUUAAAAUUAAGUUGAAUUGA